UGGGAUGUUUUGUGUCUCUUAUGGGUUCUUCUGUUUCUUCAUAACAUAAGAUCAUGUUUGGAAGACGGAUUCCCUUUAAUCAGAUUGCAUUUGCUACUCUGGUCGGAGUGGUGGGAGGUGUGUAUAUAUACAGGCCUGUAUUUGAGCUGCCCAGAAAACCUCCAACUGCACCAGAUCAAGAGCUCAAGCCAGACACUGAGGAGCAGAGAGCGGAAACUACCCAAAAAUAAGUACAAGAGGCAAAUGCAUUUGCAACCAAGGACUGAUGUCGGACAAGAGUUUGAAUGUUUGUUAUUUCCAUAUACUUUGUAAAUGUUCACUAAAAUGUUCUAAAUAAAAUGCCUUAUAUUUUCACUGCAAAUUAGCAAAAAGAUUCUACACCAUUGUUAAUUUAUGGAUGCAUUCUGUAUUGACAAUAAAUUUGUUUAAAUAAAUGACUUUUUUUUCCCAUUUACAAUAAAACAAUCUAAGUUGCAUGUA